UUACUCCUUCCUAUAUGGGUAUUACACUAUCAACUUUGUCAUGGUUUAAGCAACCUUCUUCCAACAGGAAAAACAGGGGAAGAAAAAAGAAAAAUGAAAAUCCCUUGUCUAAAUUCGAAAACCGAAAAAAGAAAAAAAAAUAUUUUAUCCAUUUUGUCAUUUAUUUUCACCAAAAUCACUCACCUCUUUUAAUUUCAGCUUUAAAAAUUCUCAAGUUCCACUCUCUUUUCUUUUUCUUUUUUAAACUUGAAGUACCAGUGUCCUCUGUCCUUCUGCACUAUAACUAUUUCUUCUUCUAUUCUUUUUCCAGUUUCAGCAAAUAAACAUUUCCUCUUUUGUUCAAAAUCUUUCUUUAAUAGUUUUCAAGAAUCUUACUUACCUUGUUUGUUUCGAGAAUCUUGAACUGGCGUCAUGCUCUGUUUCUCUGACUAAUACAUUCAAGAAGCAAGAAAACUAAAAUUGGUAAUCCAUCGACUGAAAUGAUGAAUCCAUAUUUCACAGUGAAAGAGGAGUACGCAGGAUUAAGCUCAUCACAAUCCGGAGAUGAGCCACCACUAGCACAAAUGCAGAUACCACCACAGCCAAUGGAAGGGCUACAUGAUACAGGGCCACCGCCAUUCUUGACAAAGACUUUUGAGAUGGUGGAUGACCCAAUUACUAAUCACGUAGUUUCUUGGAGUGCUGGUGGUAUUAGCUUUGUUGUUUGGGAUCCUCAUGCUUUCUCCACUGGUCUUUUGCCUAGAUACUUCAAGCACAAUAACUUCUCCAGUUUUGUCAGGCAGCUUAAUACUUAUGGUUUCAAGAAGAUAGAUCCUGAUAGAUGGGAAUUUGCUAAUGAAGGGUUUUUAAGAGGACAAAAGCAUCAAUUAAAAAACAUCAAGAGAAGAAAAGCACCUUCACAACCUCUACCUCAUCAUCAACAACGACAGCAGCAACAAGAAGCUCUUGGUGCUUGUGUUGAAGUUGGAAGAUUUGGGUUAGACAGAGAAGUCGACCGUUUAAAGCGUGACAAGCAAGUUUUAAUGAUGGAGCUAGUGAAGCUUAGGCAGCAACAACAGAAUACUAGAGCUUAUAUUCAGAAUAUGGAACAAAGGCUGCAAGGGACAGAACUUAAACAGCAGCAAAUGAUGCAAUUCUUGGCUAGAGCAGUGCAAAAUCCAGCGUUUUUACAGCAAUUAGCACAACAGAAAGAUAAAAGAAAAGAACUUGAAGAAGCAAUGACCAAAAAAAGAAGAAGGCCUAUUGCUCAAGGGCCUAGUAAUGGUGGUACCAGUCAUAGUUUAAACAACAUUAAAGCAGAACCUCUAGAGAUUGGAGAUUAUGGGUUUGGAGUUUCGGAGCUAGAAGCACUGGCAUUGGAAAUGCAAGGAUAUGGUAGAGCAAGAAGAGGGCAAGAAGAAGAAGAAGAUGAUGAUGUAGAGGCACUAGAAAGUGGAGAUAGAGAACUUGAUGACGGCUUUUGGGAAGAACUGUUAAGCGAGAGUACCACAGGAGGCCAAAAUGGAGAUGUCAAUGUAUUAGCUGAUAGAUUAUGUUAUUUAAGUUCAUCAAGUCCUAAGUAAAGAAAUGAAUGUGGUUCAUCCUCAUCGUCAGCGUCAUCGAGGAUCAUUGCGAAAUGAUCAUUUGGUAGAAGGCUUUCUAAAAUUCCACGGUCGUUUUGUUAGUUAACGCUCUGAUUUUUGUGCAAUUAGGUCUCUUUCAAGAUGCCAUCAGGCCACAGUUUUCACCUUGAUGAUUUCUUGGUGGUUGGCAGGAAAUAGGGGAAUAACCAAGAAGUGUACUACCCGUGGAAAAUAUCUUUGUUACCGGUGUCUCUAACCCAUGUGUAUUUUAAUCUUACUCUCCAUUUCCCCACUUGGUUAAUCUUUGUCUAAUCUUGAUUAGGUUGCAGCAGUACUGCUUGGAAAAGAAUCUGGUUGUCCCUUUCAUGAUUUGUCUCGAGAUUGUCCAGAAGCUGUGUUGAAAUUGGACAAGAUGUUGCUGCAAAGUUUCAAGAACAGCCACACAAUCAAUUAGAUGUUCCUUUACGACAAGUAUCGUUUUGGUAGUUAACUGUGAUGGUUCCAUAAUAUCUUCUUCUUUUUCCUUUUCUCUUGCAAUGUCUCCUUCUUAAAAAGCCAAUUCCUUGGUCGGUGAUCGGUUUCUUGAUGUUGCAUAUUUGCAAUGUAGAUUUUUAUCAUGUCAAGUCGAAAUCACUUUUCAUCUGUCAUUUUCGUCGUGGCCGUGGGGCUCUUUGCUGGUAAUGUAUUUAAGUAGUUUGGUACCAUAACCCAACAAAUUUCCUUUGCUCGAGUUUGUUGUAGACUUAUGGUAUCAACAAAAAAUCAUAUUGAAAGGUGCCUAUUGAGCAGCAGGAUCCAUUCAGUGUGCUCUUUUCCUUCUUCACAUGCAUCUGCAAUUAUGAGUUUUGUAAAGAUUGUCAGUAGUGAAGACUCACUCUACUAAUGUUGUGCACAUAUAGAUUUUCAAGAAUUUAUGGUCCUGUAAUCACCACUAGUCUUUUCAGGAUUGAACACUUGUAACUGCUAGCGCCAAAGAUUGCCAAAAGAAAAAGGGUCCAGAUCUCACAUGAAAUCCUCCAGAUUUUGAUUUAUGAUCUCGGAGGUGUUCUGCAACACCUAUAGACUGUGACAGUUUCUUGACCAACUCUUAUUUUUCAGUCAGAAAAUAGCUUAUAUAAAUGAGGCCCCAGCUGAGUAGAGGAAUGUAAAAAUUAGUGUCAGGGGCAAAUGCAGCAAAACCGUUUAUCAGGUGGUAUUACCUGAAAGCUCUGUUUGGUUGUUAUUUUAAUUAAAGACAGACCAUAUACCUGGAAAAUAAUGGAAAAAGAAAAAGGACUAAACACAGCUUUUCAAGAAAAAAUAUCAUUAUUGUGCAUGUUAUUGCUUAGAUAUAUUUUCUGGUUUGAAAGCCCAUGAAGAUUUUUAGACUUAGAUACUUGUACCUGAAAGAAAAGGACUUGGUGGUCAUUUUAAGAAAAUAAGAUCCCUUGAGGAGUUUUUUAGAUUGACUUUUAUCUUUUUAUUAUUUGUUUUCAGAUUGGAGUUUGAAAUGGAAAUCUUACAGAGAUGAUUUCAGAAGCUGAAUUGGUCCGAGGCUAAAGAACUUUAAAAAUAAAAAUCUUGCAAGGGAUGGCCCAAGGUCCAAGAUCUUUUUGGGUCCGGCUGAGCUCAACUGCCAGAAUUCUAGGGAUGCCACCAGUACGUUACCUACCUAUUGUAUUGUAGCAUUCCAGGAAUAUGUUCAGCUUCCUUGUCUUCCAGCUAUGGUGAGUGAACUUGGUCAUGUCAAAGCUGAAAUUAAUUUUGGAAUAUUAACCUUCCUACCUUUUGGUUGUUAUUAGUUACAAGUACCCUUUUGUUGCACAAUGUGCUUCAAACCCUAGGGAGGGUGUUUCGCAUGUGACUUCUUAGAGGAGCUCCCAAUAUGCAUACGAACCUUUUCAUCCACCAGGUCAAAUCUGCAUUCUCUGCAAUCUAGUGUGUAUAAGAGCGUCAGAAAACAAACAUAGGUUUGAUCCUAUUGUUCUAUAAAAUUGCCAGAACGAAAUUGUACCCUAUUUAAGUUGUCCUUAUGUCCAUCUUGAGCAUCUCGCAUGUCAAAUGAGUGCUGGUUGAGUGGUUAUAAUAUUUUCGUUCUAAAGAAGGCUUGUCCUUAUAGUCUUUCUACUCUCUGUUUCUCCUUGGGAUGCCACAUAUAUCUCUGAAUCUAGUCAAAGAGUUCCUAUGAGAGGAGGGUGCCUUCUGUGGUUUGUUGUUCUCUUCGUCUCUCUUUCCCUUUGGGAGGAGGAAAAGGGGGGUUCGGUAGGGGGGAUGAUAGUGUGAUGCAGGCUUUAUUUAAAGAGUACGUCCAACAAAACAGAAGCAGCUGAAUCAUAAGACUGCAAUAUGACGUGCCAAUACCUAAAUGGGACAAUGAUAAAACCAAAACCCAAAAUUGCAAAAAACCAAAUAUGUCUAAACAUCUUGACUAGGAACUAAUUCUGUAAUAGACUAUCAAAUACCCUCCAACUUCUGGCCAGCCCUCUGUCCUGAGCACAGUCUUGAGUGUUUACAAAAAUGCGAAUUUGUCUUCCUAAAUGCACCCAUUCUUUGAAUGUUGCCUCUUUAUGCUGACAGCAGUAUGCAGUCCUCCAUUUCUAUCUUCCAUAUGAGCUGUGUUAAUGCAGGCAAAGCCAUCUAGGAGCUAUGCUCUCUAAGUCUUAUCUCCUAAGGACUAACUCACAAUCUCGCAAUAAUGGCUUGGCAUCCAGUCUCGAUUGUUCUACUAAUUAAUCAAUCAAUCAAUGAUCUUCCACAAUGUAUUCCUGCUAAACCUCAUUAAUAUUCUACUUUUAACCACAGUUAGAUUGUGAACUUGAAUUAGCUACAUUCGUGUUUCAAAUUUUCUUUGUAAUGCUGAAUUAUGAGAUAAAGGUACUCCAUUCAAUCAAACCUGACUGCUGAUUGCUCUGUAUGAAAGUUGUAGAUGAUUUAGCUGUCUGAACCUUUCAGCUGAUUUAUGUUAUUUCUUUUAAAGUAGGUUAAAGUAGGAAACAUGUUUUGUUUGUUUGCAUUUAUACAAUUUCAAUUUCUCUAGCUCUCUGCAACAAUUUCUUGACGUUCUUGCUUUAUUUAAGCUUGCGAUUAUGAGUUAAUAUUAAGAUAAUGUUAUUCUAUGAAUUAGUGUUGUAAUAAAGGAUCUGUUAUCCCAUAACUGGAAAGAAAUAAGGAAACACACUUACUUGGAGGCUGUAAAUACCCUUUGGAUUCUCUUGUAAGACGCCUAAUAAUAGUCGAUGUAUCAUAAUAUUUGAAUUUGAAAUGCACUAUUAUUGUCAGUGUAUGAUAACAUUUGAAUAUGAGGUGCACUAUUAUUGUUGUUGAUUACAUGACAAUACAUUUGAAUAUGAGACACACUAUUGAGUACAUGACAAUUAUGGUCAAAUCAAGCGCCUGUGUCAUUCGUGAACAAUUGUAACAAAAAAGAUUUUAACUUUUAAUUGAAAUAAGACAUGAACUUGUCAACAAGGAGGAAGCAUGGUUAACAAAGAAGUAGCAUACUUGUUCUAACUUUUUAUCUUCUCAUUUAAGUGAAUCUAUGACUGUGGUUAAGCAGUAGAAACAAUAAAUGAUAUUUAGGUUUCUAUGAACUUGAGUUUAGGACUGGACUUGAGAUUUUUUAUUGGAUGAAUAGGGAAUUUACAGCUUAUUAUAUGACUUACAAAAAUAAGGUUUCCCGCUACUGUAUGACAAACAAAUGCUUGCGAUAUAAUAUUUGUUUUAUGAAUUGAUUAUAAUAUCCCUUUGAUGCAUAUUAUAUUCUGGCAAGAAUUAGAGGAACACUAUUUAGUCCAUAAAAUUCUGAAAUUCAGCAAAAGCAAGAAGAGAAAAAUUUGCAAUCAAACAGGAAAUUGUUAAUCUACCAGGAUGGUUGAGUUGGAGUAGUAUGAAUUUUGGCUUAAACAUAUAAUUAAGUGGGUGAAGUAAAUAUAGUUAGUUUUUUGUUAUUAGGGGUAGGAUGUUUUGAUUGAUGAUGUACGACCUUUCUCGAUAUUAUUUGAUUUUUGUUAUAAUUACAUAAUUGUAUUCCUUUCUUUUUUCUUCCUCUGAUUGAAUUAUGUAUCAAUAUAUUUGACGGACCAUUGCUUGGUGUUGCCGUAAAGGUCUGGGUGUUACAAUCUUGUUGGUGCAACCUCAGUUGUCGCAUGCAUCAUUUGCUUGUCUCUAAAUUACUCCCUAAUUUAUGUAAAUUAUGUUUGAAAAUAUCUGUUGACUGUUUUAGCUGUUUAUUUAUCUUUUUAACUUGAUGUUCAUCAAAGAUUAUUUUCACCCUCUAUCUUCUCUUUUUUAGUGUCCUAGUAUGUGUGCAAGUGAGCAGGAAAAGAACCCAACUUCUUUUGGUGAUUUUUACAAGUUGUGUGUGGAAAUUGUAGAGGCCAUUAACAGAAUUCUCUUGAUGGAAAACAACAUUUAGAUUGUGCAUUUAACUGUAGAUAGAUACAAUUUUAGAGGGUCUUUCGGGAAGCAGCUCUUGACAGAAAGUGAAUGGUCUUAAAAUACGGUUGAGUAAGAAAUGCAGUAAUGUCCAAGGAUGCCUCAGAGAGUGGCUAGAACUGCAUUUGGUUAUUGCAUAGUGACUCAGAUUGAAAUUGCUUAUUUGGAGACAUGUACAAAGGUGAAAGACAAUAGAAAAGAAAAGGGAGGUUUGUGAUGAUUUUUAAAUCUUUUAUACUAGGUAAUCUAGUAUCCUUAGGCAUGAAGAUAAUCAAUUUGGUAGUUGUGAUCGGACUCUAUUAUCAAAAUAGAAGUUAAAAGGGGUCAGAAAUUAAAUAAGUAAAAGUUUAAAGUUGAAACUGUGUAUUUGACCUUACUACUCGAGCAUCAUGAGAUAUGACAGAACGCAAUGAAAACUUGUGUCUAUGGAAAGGUAAUACCGAGCUUAACCCUAAAGUUCAAGACUUUAAAAGUUAUCAUAUAUGGAUUGCGGGAAGUCUUUAAAGAAUUCAGAACUUAGCAAUUGUCUCCGAAUUGGCUACUUAUGGUUGUCUUCAUUUGGGCAUACAGAACUUUUGGAUUUCACAGAUGUACUUUGAACUUAACAUCAAUUAGUGCCUGAAAGGAAAAUGAUUCAACAUCAUUUCCUCUCCAAAUAUUGCAAGUUAACAAGCUGUGUGGAGCUGCCGCUUACUGCAGUAAUGUUUCUGGCCAAGGUGAAAAACUGUUCUGUGCAAGUGUGCUCCAUUCAUUACUUAGGGUGUGGCAUGUGACUGCUAUCAGAAACCUCUAAACUAAUAUGCUCCAGUCUAGUUGAUUAACAGGAUUUAUGAGUUGUGAGAUAUUAGGUACCAGGCACCAUCUCAGGUUGGUCUCUGCACACAUCACUCUCUACCCUCAAGGAGGUCAAUAUCAGCUAUUCAUUGAUAUGUAAACAGUGUGAAAAUAAUGAUUGAGAUUGGAAUUUCUUGUCUGGUUA